AUGUCAGGUACUAAUAGUCAGAUUUCCUACACGUUCAAUAAUGGUAAUGAUGGCAAUGGAGCUUUUGUCAUUGAUGAAACCUCAGGCAUCAUCCGUACAGCAGUCCGUCUCGAUCGCGAGGCCAAAGCAGAGUACAACUUAGUUGCCUUUGCUGUGGAUGGGGGUCGUCCCACUCACCGCGAAUCUGUGCAGAUCACUGUCAGGCUGCGUGAUGAGAAUGACAACCCACCUGAGUUUCUUCAGGAGGAGAUGGAUGUGUACAUCGCAGAGAACCGUAACCCUGGUGAACUGGUCUCCACCAUCAUUGCGAAUGACCCGGAUGAGGGCUACAACGCAAUCAUCCAUUACUCCCUGAUUGAAGGUGACCUGGACUUCUUUGAGAUUGACAGCCGAUCAGGGGAACUGACAACCCUGAUUGAGCUGGACUAUGAAGCCAGGAAUGAGUACCAAGUAACCGUCAAGGCCACUUCGACACCCUUCUUCAGGUUGGCUACAGUCAACAUCCAUGUUGAGGACCAGAACGACAACAGUCCCAUCCUAGAAGACUUUGAGAUCUUCUUCAACAACUAUGAGGGAUUCUUCCCAGAAGGUGACAUUGGACAGGUUCCUGCUCAUGACCCGGAUGUGUCAGACACCCUCCAGUACCUGAUCGUGAGGGGGAAUGCAAAUAACCACCUAAUCCUGAAUGGUACUACAGGGGGCAUCAGACUCAAUCCCAGUCUGAAGGAUAUUGACAUUCCGCAGAGAAUGGAGAUGUGGAUACAAGUGUCAGAUGGCCUGAAUGCUAUGAUGGCACAGUGCACCUUCCGUCUAACAAUGGUCACUGAUAACAUGCUAAUGAGCAGUAUCACUGUCCAACUGGAGGACACAAACUCCCAGGAAUUCCUUUCCCCAAAGAUCAAUCGUUUCAUCGAUGCCCUGUCCAACAUCAUCCCCACACAACGCAACCUGGUGUAUGUUUUCAGUGUCAAGAACCACGACAUUGUGAGUGACCCACCCAUCCUUAAUGUCUCCUUUGCCGCCCAGCACCAAGACGGCACCUUCUUCACUUCCCAGUACCUCCAGGAGCGAGUCUACCUGAUGCGGUCUACCCUCUCCGAAGUUUCCACGGCAAAGGUGUUGCCCUUUGGUGACAACCUCUGCCUUUACGAAGUUUGCAGUGGUGAAAAAAUUUACUCCCGGUGUCUCUCCCCGCUCUCCUUCUGGAGUUCAUCAGGCUUCAUUGCGACCCAGACCGUCAUCUUUCGUUCCAUCCAUCCUGAGACUCUGUACAGGUGUGAGUGCCCACCAGGAUUCACAGGCAACUAUUGCACAACAGAGAUCAACUAUUGCUACUCUAAUCCUUGUGGUAGCAAUGGGCAGUGCAUCCAGAAAGAAGCUGGAUAUACCUGCGUGUGCAAUGAUAACUUUGCAGGCCCAAACUGUGAGAUCGACUUCAAGAAUGGUCGAUGUACCGACAACCUGUGUAAGAACGGCGGCCUGUGUAGGAACUUCCUACUGGGGGGCUUUGAGUGUGUCUGUCCAGGAGAUGAUUAUGAUGGGGAUCUGUGCGAGAUUCGGACAAGGAACUUCCCUGAAAACGCCUUCCUGAUGUUCCGGUCGUUAAAUAGGAGGGUCCGAUUCCAGAUGUCAUUAAGUUUUGCCACCAAGGUGGAUAACGGUCUUCUGUUCUACAACGGCCGCUAUAACCAGAAGCAUGAUUUCAUUGCGCUGGAGAUAGUCAACAGGCAGGUGCGAUUCCUGUUCUCGGCGGGCGAGGUGACCAGUGUAGUGACCGCAUCUAUCCUUGGUGGCGUUAGCAAUGGGGAAUGGCAUAAAGUUGUUGUGGAUUACCACGAACGGAUGGCAACAUUAAUUUUGGAUGACUGCAAUGCGGCUGUGGCUUUGCAUCAUGGUGAACAGUUGGGCAAUUAUUCCUGUGCAGCCUCAGUCUUGCAAGGCGGCCAGCUGAAGUAAGUUUUGGAUUUCUUUUCACACCCCAUUCC